AUGUUCGGGCGCGCGCCGAAGAAGAGCGACAACACCAAGUACUACGAGAUCCUCGGGGUGCCCAAGUCGGCGUCCCAGGACGACCUCAAGAAGGCCUACCGCAAGGCCGCUAUCAAGAACCACCCCGAUAAGGGCGGCGACCCCGAGAAGUUCAAGGAGCUCGCACAAGCCUAUGAGGUUUUGAGCGACCCAGAGAAGCGUGAGAUUUAUGAUCAGUAUGGUGAAGAUGCCCUUAAGGAAGGAAUGGGCGGAGGAGGAGCCCAUGUUGAUCCAUUUGACAUCUUCUCAUCAUUCUUUGGACCCUCUUUUGGAGGAGGUGGUGGAAGCAGCAGGGGAAGAAGGCAAAGGAGGGGAGAAGAUGUAGUCCACCCACUUAAAGUUUCUCUGGAAGAUCUUUACAAUGGCACCUCAAAGAAGCUCUCUCUUUCGCGCAAUGUCAUCUGCUCCAAGUGCAAGGGCAAGGGCUCGAAGUCUGGUGCCUCAAUGAGGUGCCCUGGUUGCCAGGGCUCAGGCAUGAAAGUCACAAUCCGCCAGCUGGGGCCUUCCAUGAUACAGCAGAUGCAGCAGCCUUGCAACGAGUGCAAGGGGACUGGAGAGAGCAUCAAUGAGAAGGAUCGCUGCCCAGGGUGCAAGGGUGAGAAGGUUGUUCAAGAGAAGAAGGUUCUUGAGGUUCAUGUUGAGAAGGGGAUGCAACACAACCAGAAGAUCACCUUCCCUGGUGAAGCUGAUGAAGCGCCUGAUACCGUCACUGGAGACAUUGUAUUUGUCCUCCAGCAGAAGGAUCACUCCAAGUUCAAAAGAAAGGGUGAAGAUCUCUUUUAUGAGCACACCUUGUCUCUGACCGAAGCUCUCUGUGGGUUCCAAUUUGUGCUUACACAUCUGGACAACAGGCAGCUUCUCAUCAAAUUAAACCCUGGUGAAGUUGUUAAACCUGAUCAAUUCAAGGCGAUAAACGAUGAGGGGAUGCCAAUUUACCAGAGGCCUUUCAUGAAGGGGAAGCUCUACAUUCAUUUCACGGUGGAGUUCCCUGACUCGCUGGCACCAGACCAGUGCAAGGCUCUCGAGGCAGUACUUCCACCAAGGUCUUCAUCCAAGCUGACCGACAUGGAGAUAGAUGAAUGCGAGGAGACAACUAUGUUUGACGUGAACAACAUCGAGGAAGAGAUGCGCAGGAAGCAAGCUCAUGCUGCCCAGGAGGCGUACGAGGAGGAUGACGAGAUGCCAGGCGGAGCCCAAAGAGUGCAGUGUGCGCAACAGUAA